AGUUAUUAAACACAACCAAUCACAUACUACAUACAAAAAUCAUAAUCUAUUAUUCACGAUAAUAUUUGACAAUUUUCCUUCUAAACAAAAAAAAAAAAAAAUAGAAUUUCAAUUCCUUUCUCGAAGCCGACACCUAAAUAGAACUUCCUCUGAAUUAGAACUUUCAACAAAAUCAAAAUCUUCCAAAAAUCCAAAAAAAUACAGAGAAAAAGAUAAAUAUAAACCAGUAUUUAUUUAAUGUAUAAAAUUAAUUAAAUUAAUUCCUCAUUUAUAUAAAUACUCACCCCUCUGUUUCUUAACACUCCCAACAACAACAAAAAAACCCAAAACUUUUCUCUCUCCUUUCAACUCAUAACUUCCUUCACUCUCUGCCUCACCCAAUUCACCCAAAAAAGUACAUUCUUUUUUCUUCGUCCUUCUUUUUUUUAAUAUUAUUUUCCAGAGAUUUUCCGAUCUCACAAAGAUCUAUCUAAAUUGAAUUGAAAUUGAAAAAUUAUGUGGGGAAUUACAGAAGAAUAUAAAGCUUUGUUUAAUGAAGAAACAAGCUUUUAUAACCGCAUUGUAUUGGGAUUUGCUUUGCCGUCGAUGAUGUGGGAUUUUCUUCCUCAUUUUUUACAAACUUGGCUCAGAAACUACAUUGGUGGUGUUUUUUUGUAUUUGGGUUCUGGUUUUCUUUGGUGCUUUGUUAUUUAUUAUUGGAAGCGCAACCUCUAUAUUCCUAAAGAUUGCAUUCCAUCAAAGAGAGCUAUGUUAUUACAAAUUUGGGUUGCAAUGAAGGCCAUGCCUUGGUAUACCCUUCUUCCAACGAUUUCUGAAUAUUUUAUCGAACAAGGCUGGACAAGAUGUUACCCGCGGAUUAGUGACAUCGGCUUGCCAGCCUAUGCGGGAUACUCACUGAUUUAUCUUUUAAUCGUGGAAUUUGGAAUUUACUGGGUGCAUAGAGAAUUACAUGACAUAAAACCGCUUUACAAGCAUCUUCAUGCAACACAUCACAUAUACAACAAGCAAAAUACUCUUUCUCCUUUUGCUGGCCUUGCAUUUCAUCCCCUCGAUGGCAUUUUACAAGCCGUGCCUCAUUUCUGUGCGCUAUUUGUUGUUCCAGUUCAUCUUACAACUCAUAUAGCCCUUAUUUUUAUUGAAGGUUUAUGGACAGCAAAUAUUCAUGAUUGUAUCCAUGGAAAAGUAUGGCCGGUUAUGGGUGCUGGUUAUCAUACUAUUCACCACACUACUUAUCGACAUAAUUAUGGACAUUAUACAUUGUUGAUGGAUUGGAUUUUCGGAACCCUUCGGGAACCUAAAAUCGGCGAGGUUGAUUAUGAGCCAAAGAAGGUUUGCUAAUGUGUAGUCAUUAAGAUUGUAUUCAUACAUUUAAUUUGUUUUAGUGGAAAUCUUGGUUGGCUUCUUUUGUUCAUCUUCUCAAUUUGGCUUCUUUUGUUCAUCUUCUCAUUGUGUAAAUUAUUUUUGGGUGGUGAUAAAUGUUUUCAUUUGAGGAUUAUAAAUUUAUUCUAGGAAGGGUUAAAUAUUAGGUUUAGAUUAUAGUUCUUUUUUUUUUUUUAAAUAUAUAUAUAUGUUGAAAUUUUAUUGAUAACCUUGUGUGAAAUAAUUUGUUUUGUGCAAGGAAUUUGAUGGUCUAUAUUUGAAAGUUUGUAUAGACUUGCUGUAA